CGUCAUCAUUCUAGUUUUGAGACGUCGUUCGUGAAAUUAUAUGAUCCAAUGGCAUGAUACACCUUGUUCUAUCCAGUGCGGAAAACCAUACUCCGGCGUUCUAUUCCUCACGAUAUUCGUGCAGCUACAUCAACUACAAGUAGUGGAUUUAUCCGUCGUCCUCGUGUGGAUCAACAAGACACCUGGCUCCUGGAAUUCAACUAGACGAUCACCCCAACUAGCGACUCCAAGGCGACUUUGAUACCCACGACGACGACUUCAGCGAACAGUUGCACCAUCGAUAUUUGACUUCGAGGAUUUCCCCACGACAUAAAUUCUCGACGAACCGUCACCUCCAGUCACCACUGCAGCAUCUUCAAAAAUCCUCGUAACCUACACAAUCCUAGUCCUACAACACUCGACGUAGAAGAAACGAAGCAGCUGCGUUUUGCCUUUAGAACAAGCAGAGUAUGACGGACAUGAGUCGCAACAUCAGUCAGGAUGGCGUCGACCAGUGUACGAGUCGUAUGCGCGAAGCCUUGUCGGCAGGGGACACGACGAAGGCCAAUGAGUACUAGAUUUGAAGUAGUCCUAGUUUCGACCUCAAGAACCUCGUCGGCAGUUGCGGUUUAGGCUUGCUACUUUCAAAAAAUGAGAGGUUAACGCUCAUAGUCGUAGUCCUGUAGAAACUAUUCUUCUACUUCUAACUGUUGCAGUUACUUGCCUUCAAAUAAAUGUCUCCAAAAAAAUCCAAAUCAGGUUCAUGGAGGAGGCCGUCCGUUUGGGUGCGGACGCUGCUGAGAUGAAGCGGCAUUACACGAGGAUGGUCGAUGCGACAGCUAGCUACGGUGGAGCUGCAGCAAAGCCAAGGAGCGGCAGUGGGCCAGCGUCAGCGAGUGGAGCAGCGAAUGGAACUUCGUCAUCAGUAAGUAGUGGAGGUACAACAGGUAGAGCAAAUGCUGGCGCAGCUAACGCUGAGUAUACAGACCCCGCUGCGGCGAUGGAAGAUUCUAUCAGGAAUACAGACCCCGUUGCGGAGAUGGGAGAGUCUAUCAGGAAUACAGACCCCGUUGCGAAGACGGAGGAGUCUAUCAGGAAUGCAGGACCCUUUGCGGAGAUGGAAGGGUUCGCUCCUUCAACAGAUUUCAGAGGAGACCGGGCUGUGUCGCAUGACACGGGGUCGGAGAGGAACCAGAAGCGCCGUGGCUACACGCAUUCCGUCCGUGAAGAGGCGAUCCCAGUCGAGAGCCAAAGUCACCUGCUACAGAAUACGAGCCCUACAAGAACGAGGCCAAUGCAGGAGAGCAGGGACGGUC